AUGGAAGAGAAGCAGGAGUGCGCGGAGGCAUCGGAGGAUUUUCAGAUCAUCCCAGGAAUGAACAAGCUCCACAAGAACAUUGUGCUUAUCAGCAGCACAAGAGAGUCGGCUGUUGUUCCCUACUAUAUCCUAAGCGAGAGCAGCAUUCUCAAAAAGAUAAUUGACACGCAGAUAUUCAAAGAAUCAAAAGAAGAUGCGAUUGUUCUUCCCAUCUCCUAUCCCUGUCUGAAGAGAAUAGUUGAGUAUCUGUGGUACAAGCACAAAUACCACACAAGCAAGGGAGCGGUGGAAGACUUCAAAAUAGAAGACAGCGAGACUUUAGAUCUGCUCGAAGUUUCUUCUUUUUUGAGGCUGUAA